CCGAGGCUGCUGCUGCUGCUUCUGCUGCUGUUUGGCCAACACACACACACACACACACGUCCUCCAUUCUGUGUUGUUUUGAGCCACGCUCUUCCCUCAAGGUGCUAUCAAGGUUGAUGAGAGCUACUUUUAUCCGUGGCUCGGCUGCAGCUGCCGUGUGACUAUAAAAACAAUUUUGUCGCUCCCCCUUACUCAGCACAGAGGGCCACUGUCGAGCUGUGAAGGCAUGUCCGCGUCCUGCUGGCGGUGCUCUGUGAGCCGGCAACCAGAGUCCAGCGUGCUUUAAAUCCACGUGCUCGUGUAAUGGUGUUAUCAUCAUGAUGUCCACAUGGGUGUCUGCGGUUGUCGCGCUGGUGGCAUUUGUGAACGGAAUGAGGAAUGAGGACGUCAGACAACCAUGUGCUCACAUCCAGACAUCCAGCUCAGUGGUGCCUUUGGGGUCCCCUGUCACAGCCACUUGUGUCAUCAGCAACAACUGCCUUCAGGUCAUUGGACAGGACGUUCCCAUAGAGUGGCGCCUCGGGGAUCGGCUUAUCCCCGGCAGCCCCGUGGCCAGCGAGAGCGGCAGGGUUUCCCAGGUUGUAAUACCGAGCUUCAAUCACACCGGGGCGUUCCUCACCUGCUGCGUCCAGACCUCUCCCGUCCAAAUCGUGGGAGGAGUGAAGAUUAGAGCCGGAUAUCCGCCAGAACCGCCACAGAACCUCAGCUGUCAGACAAACCUCACCACCCCCAACACUCUGACCUGUAGCUGGGACCCUGGGCAGCAGAACACCCACCUCCUCACGCAGUACACCCUCCACACCGAGAUAUGGGAUUCAAACGAGAACAACACGUACACGCUCCCAACGGGAGUCCACCACUACGCCAUCCCUCGUUCGGGCUUCGUCCUAUUCUCUGAGAUGGGACUAUACGUGAAGGCGGUGAAUGAACUUGGUGAGGCAACUUCAGCGCCCAUCACAAUGGAACCCAUCGGUGCAGCUAAGUUUGACCCACCAAAGAUUCUGACGGUGGAAGCUGUGCCUAAAAGGUACGGCUGCCUGAGGCUGAGCUGGAGCUUAUCGCAGCACCAGGCCUGGAUGCGUGACUGCCGCCUGAACCUGGAGGUCCGACUUAAGACUGCUGACAGUAGUCAAUGGAGUGGACAGCCAAUCUCGAUGAGCCGGGUAAAACCCACCAGGCCUUUGGACCAGUGUCGCCUGCUCCAUGGGACUCAGUAUUUGGCCCAGAUUAGAGUCAGAUACCAGCAGAGCCCCUGGAGUGAAUGGAGCCGCCGCCAGUCCGGAGUCACCUUGGAAAGUGCUCCCACUGGACGUCUGGAUUCGUGGAUGAAGCUAUCAGGGGAUCACGUGCACAAACAACUCCUCGUACACUUGUUUUGGAAGCCAUCAAAACUAUUCCGUGCCAACAGCCAAAACGUGUCAUACACCGUCUCGCUGCAAAAACCGCCCGGUGAAAAGGGAAAGGUGUGCUCCACGACGGGGAGUUAUUGUACUUUCCAGCUUCCCAGGAAAGCAAAGAAAGUGUAUCUGCGCGCUGUAAACGCAGCAGGGAAAUCCUCCCCCACCGAAGUCCGGGUUUACAGACUCAAAGGAGGUCUUACUGUGAUAUCAGCUGUCACAGCCAUUCCUCACGAUGAAAGAGCCCUUCGGGUCCAGUGGAGGAACAUGGAUAUUUCAAGUCUCACUGGCUAUGUGGUCGAAUGGAGACCUUUGUUAAAAGCAGACUUCUCCCUCACCAAGUUUGAAAUCGUGGACAGGAACCAGUCCAGCCUCAUUAUAACAGGAAGCCUUGAGCCCUACAAGCCCUAUGGGAUCUCUGUGUAUCCUAGGUUUAAGGAUGGGCUAGGCCUUCCGCAGACUGUUAAUGCCUACUCAAGACAAAAGGCUCCUUCCAUUGUUCCAAAAAUACAAAUCAAAAAGACCUGGCAGUCAAAUGUUGAGCUUACCUGGGAUGAGAUACCACUGGAACAAAGAAAUGGAAUUGUCCAGAGCUACAAAGUCUUCUACUGGGAUGAGAAGGGACCCAUUCGUGUCGUGAAUGUUGAUCCGCGGGAGAGAAGGGUGGUGCUGAAAGACCUCAACACCGUGUCCGUGUACGAAGCCUUCGUGACGGUCAACACGUUCGGUGGGAGUCUGAACGGGUCAACGAUUCACUUCAAAAUUGAACCCUUCGACGCGGUUACUGUCGUGAUGAUUGUGACUGCGACCGGUGUUGGACUGUCACUGUUGACCAUUUUUAUAGUCAUGACUUGUUUCUCCAACAGCAGAAGGCUGAAGGGACGCCUGUGGCCCGUCGUUCCUGAUCCUGCUAACAGCAGCAUAACGAGUUGGACGUCAGAAUCAUCACAGUAUACCCAUCCUGCCUGGGACAGCGAUGAGCCCAAUCCAGUGUUCCUGUCCCACCUCAGUUUCCUGGACCUCUCAAUGAAACUGAGCAAAGAAGAGGUCGACAUUUGGCUAAACAGUGCAGAGGACACCAGUGACCUGGGGGAGUCCAUUUGUGGUUCACCGUUCAUCCCUGGAUACUCGGGUUCGAACAGCGACUCUGUUCCUUACGCCACUGUGAUCUUCUCGGGCCAGUGCAGCAGCCCUCCGCCCAAAGACCCCCACGUCUACCUGCGCUCCGAGUCCACACAGCCGCUCUUGGAGAGUGAAGAGUCCUUCAGUCCAAAGUGCUACCAGAACAUGGCGACUGAUGGGAUGCCAGGGGAGCAGUGUUUCUUUGGACUGGGCCAUGAUUGUGCUGUCGAAGAGGGGGCAGACCCCGUCUUUAUUUGGGACGAAUUUCCUUUUCUAAAAGCGUUAGCCACGAAUGAUACUCAAAAUAACUAAAAGUUAUCUUCUGAUUAUAAGAAUAAUUGAUUUUGUGGUAUAUUCAUGUCAAUUUAAGUUUUUGUAAUGAGUUGAUUGUGAUAAGUUGAUCAAGUUUAGCACACAGCUGUAAAUACUUGUUAGAUUUAAUGCUAAAAAUCUAAUUGAUAUUAAAUGAUUAUGAUGCCCGUGCUUUCAUCUGUACCACACUCUGAAGAUGUAUGACCUUUUUUGAAAAUCUCUUUUUUUUAUCGAAGAUAAAAUGUAUUGUUAAGAAGAUAUUGUUGUGGGUUAUACCAUGUGAAAAUGUUCUCAAAAGUACUUGUGCUAGAUUAAGGGAAAGAGUUUCUCUGAAUAAAAUGAUAAAGCUUAUAAAGACAGAA